CCUUUUGUUUGAUCACCGGGACGUCGAUCAAGACGUCACAACAUCUUCCGAGCCAUGGCGCAGGAACAUCAGGAGUACAUCCAGCAGAAAGUGAAUCCGAUCCUGGAGAACCUGGUGACGCAGCUGUUGCUGGAACGACCUGAGCAGCUGGCGCCCUUCAUGAUCAAGUGGCUGUCCCAAAACUCCAAGACCCCUGCGGCGGCAGCGCUCACUGAGGGCGUGAACGUGCUGAGCGAGCUGAAAGUGGAGAUGGAGAAGUUGCAGGCCGAGGUCCAGGGCCUGGAGCAGCAGGUGGCCUGUAAAGAGGAAAAGGAGGAAACCGAUGAUGAGGAGGAGGAGAUCGCGCCGCCUGCCUCGUACUUCACCACGGGCCCUCGCGCCUCAGUGUCUGCAGAGGCCUACGGCCAAUGGAACCCGGAGAGGCUCUUCGUGCCCCCGGUCUUUGCGAAGACGGAGGAGCAGAAAACGCGACUGGCCAACAUCCUGAAGGAGUGCUUCCUUUUUGCCUCCAUUGACUCCCACGACAUGGCGAUACUCAUUGAUGCCAUGCAAGAGAAGGUGGUGGAGCAAGGCACGCGGCUGAUCAACCAGGGGGAUGACGGAGACUGCCUCUACGUGAUCGAGGAGGGCCAGAUGAACUGCUUCAUCCAGAGCUCCGAGGGGGAACGGAAGGUCAAGGAGUGCGUGGCCGGGGACCUCUUCGGGGAGCUGGCCUUGCUCUACAACUGCCCCCGCGCCGCCUCUGUGGAGGCCGCGCAGAGGUGCGUGCUGUGGGAGCUUGACAGGGAGAGCUUCAACCAGAUCGUGAAGAAGGCGGCCAUCUCCCACCGGGAGCAGCUCGAGGAGUUCCUCGAGAAGGUGCCCCUGUUGCAGAGUAUGGAGACCUACGAGCGCAGCUCCCUUUGUGAUGCGCUGCAUGCUGUGUCCUUCAACAAGGGCGAGGUGAUUGUGCAGCAGGGCGAGAUCGGAGACACCUUCUACAUCCUGGAGGAGGGUACUGCCGUCGUGACCAAGGUCUACGUGGCGGGGACCCCGGCGAAGGAGGUGCUGCGGCUGCAGCACGGGGCCUACUUCGGGGAGCUGGCGCUGCUGAACAACGAGCCGAGGGCGGCCUCCGUGCACGCGGCCACGGACUGCCAGUGCUACACGUUGUCCCGGAGGACCUUCAACCGGCUGCUGGGGCCUUUGCAGGAGAUCCUCCAACGCAACGCCAGGGAGUACCACUGACCGGGCCGCCGCGCAUUGGCGUUUUAGGCGAGCGACACCCGAACAACUGGGCUCCUGAAAAGAUAGAUCUCCAUGUU